UGCCAGGGGAGACAGAAUUCCCCCGGGACUCUGCAGGGGAGGGAAAGAGGCCGAGAGGACUCUCCGGCACCGCUCCGCCCCUAUGGAAACCUCCCAUCCCACUGCCAUUGGCCCGAGGCUACCUCCGUCCGAGCCAGCACCGCCAGUGAUUGGGUAAGGCUAGAUUUUUGUCCGCCCCGCUCCAAGUCCUCUUUCCAGCGGUCACCUCCGGCCCUCUCCCCAACACCCCGCCUUCCCUCCCCAGGGGAGUCAAGUGGGAGUGGAGGGGUGGAAAGCGGGCGGGAACUGCGGGAGGAGGAGGUGUAGAACAAGAAGGAGGAGGGAUCGGACUGCCCGAGUGCCCAAACUGCUUGGCCCAGUGGACUCCAGUCCUUCCCGGGGCUUGUGCACUUGCUUGCACUUGGCCGCGGCUCCCGAGGGAUCGCCACAGGUUGUCCUCCGUGGGACCCGAGCUGCUGGAUGUUCCAACUGCGCGGGCCGAGAUGAUCCUUGAGGAGAGCCCGGAGGGCGAGGGAGGCGGCGACGGAGGCCUCUUGUCCGAGCCCCCCGACGGGGGUAGCGUUCAAAAGGGUUGUAAUCCCUUGGUCCAGACCCAGAGGAGCCGCCUACAGAACCACCGAGCCAGGAUCAACCAACAGAUCAACAAGGAAAUGAGGAUACGCACUGGGGCAGAGAACCUCUUCAGAGCUACCACCAACCACCGAGUCAAGGAGACUGUUGCCCUGGAGCUGAGCUAUGUGAAUUCCAACCUUCAGCUGCUAAAGGAGGAACUGGAGGAGCUGAACAGUAGCAUGGACGUGUACCAGAAUGACAGUGAAGGCAUCAGCGUCCCCAUGAUCCCUCUGGGGCUGAAGGAGACCAAAGACUUGGAUCUGGCCGCACCGCUGAGGGAGAUGAUCUCGGAGCACUAUGGAGAGGACAGUGCCUCCUAUGAAGUCGAGAUCAAGAAACUCACAGACCUGAGACAGGCCAUUCGAACACCUAGCAGAAAUGAGGCUGGUCUGGAUCUCCUCAUGGAAUACUAUAACCAGCUCUAUUUUCUGGACAUCCGCUUCUUUUCUCCCAAUAAAAAUCUUGGCGUCUUCUUCCACUGGUACGAUUCCCUCACUGGGGUCCCCUCCCACCAGAGGACCCUGGCCUUUGAGAAGGGGAGUGUCCUUUUUAACAUCGGUGCUCUUUAUACCCAGAUUGGGGCCCGGCAGGACCGAGGCACCAGGACAGGCAUUGACUGUGCCAUCGAAGCUUUCCAGAGAGCAGCAGGUGCCUUUAACUAUUUGAAGGAAAAUUUCUCUAAUGCUCCCAGCCUGGACAUGAGCAUGGCCUCUCUCUCCAUGUUGGUUCGACUCAUGACUGCCCAGGUCCAGGAGUGUGUCUUUGAGCAGCUGACCCUGGCUGGGACUCCCCGAGAACCUCUCUCCCAGAUGAGACUUGCUCAAGAAGCAGCCCGGGUGGAGGAUGUGUACUCCCUUGUGUACCAGACCAUGGCUCAGCCACCCGUCAGGGACUAUGUGCCCUUCUCCUGGACCACCAUGGUGAAUGUCAAGGCCAAGCACUUCCGAGGCUUGUCCCACUACUAUGCUGCCAUUGCCCUCUGUGAUGGGCCUGUUGUAGCAGAUUCUGAGAUUUCCAAAUAUGAGAAAGCUUUUAUCCAAUUCCAUGUCACAGCACCAGAGGGCCCUUCGCUGCCUGUUCUCCUUCAGGAUUCAGAAGAGCGGAGAAAACUUGCGAAGGCGCACCUGCGGAAGGCCAUGAUGAAUCACGAAGAAGCCCUGCGUCUCCACGCGGUCUGCCGCAUUCUUCGAAAGAUGGACCUCCUGCAGGAGGUCGUGUCCCUGGCGCACAGACGCUCCCUGGCUAAGUACUCUGAGAUCGACCACGAGGAUGACUUCUUUGAGACUGCGGAAGCCCCUGACGUCCACCCCAAGACCCACCAGAAGCCAGAGAUAAAGACACCCAGUUUCUCCCAGGUGAAGGUGACAGACAUCUUCCACCGCUUGGGGCCUCUGUCUGUGUUCUCUGCCAAGAGCCAGUGGCGGCUGAAGGGACCCACGCGCCUGACUCGGGGCGAGGGCGGCUUCGGAUUCACUCUCAGGGGAGAUUCUCCCGUUCUCAUUGCAGCUGUGAUUCCUGGGGGCCGGGCUGAGGCAGCUGGACUGAAAGAGGGGGAUUACAUUGUGUCCGUGAAUGGGGAGCCCUGCAAGUGGGGGAAGCACUCGGAGGUGGUGGCCCUGCUCACCGGUGUGGGAGAGGAAGGGGUGGACAUCCAGGUGGUCACGCCCCUUCGAGAGGAGUCUCUUGGCCUGGUGGACAAGAAGACGGCCACCUUGUCCUCCGUUGGACUCCUGCGCAGUGACAAGGAAAAUGGCGGCCAGGCCACACUGCCCGGGCCCCUCCUUGGCUGGAACAAGAAGGCUAAGCGGGGCCAGGGCCCUCAGCGGCUCCAACCUUUCUCCUUAUCCACAGACAACACACCGGCUUCGCACUGAGGUGCCUGCUCUGGUACAUCUUCGUUAGCCCUUCCUAAAAGGCUGGUGAACAGAGCCCAGAAGCGGCCCUUGCCUGGCUUGGGGACGUCUAGAAGGCAGCUCGCUUCUGGCUGGUUAGGGGAAUGGGGCCUGAGGAUUCCCUCUGGGCUCAGGCAGCCCCUGCAGGACAGACGGGGGUAGAAGGGGGUCCCUGGAUCUCCUCCUCUAAAUCUGGCGGACUUUCAAGCACUACAGAAAUGAGUCCUGAUCUUCCUAUUCUCCUGACGGAGACCCUGAGAGCGGCAGAACCGGAUGCCCAUCCUUGUUGUGUUGUCUUUGAAUAAGUCACUUCCCUGUUCAGGGCUCAGUUUCCUUAAGUGUCUAGAAAUGGAAAGGACAUCGCCCUCUAUUUCUGUGACGUGUUAACAUUUGCAAAGCACUUUCCUGAAAAAGGAAUCCUGGGACGAUUGCUGAGAGAGAAGGGACUUGGAGCAGUAACGGAAACGAGACUUCGCUCUUCUGAAAGUCCCAGUCCGAGGCCUGUGCUCCUGCCUCGAGCCCGGAGGCACUCGUCUCUGGGGUGAGAGAGGCCAUCGAUUGGGGGGGUUAUACCCCAAAACUGUCAUGUUCCUCAGGAAGAAUAGUCUUCCUCCUUCUCUCCCUCCCCCUCUCCUCUUUCCCAGAGGGGCAGAUUCAGAGAUCCUGACUAGGAUACGAGAGGUACUCUGUGACAGGCCUUUGGCAGGUCCCACAGGGGGCCCUUGUCCUUCUGGGUUUUCAUUUUAGGCCCACAGAACUAGGAGGGGCCUUAGUGAACCUGGAGCCCCGCAGGAGAGAACAGUCCUGAGCAGGGCAACUUGCCCAGGUGACCCCGAGGGUUAGAGGCUGGCCCAGAGCUAGGCCUCAGGCCUCCUGGCUCCAGCCCAUGGCCUACAUGAUUAGGAGAGCACGGUGCCCAGGAGCCCUCUGCUGUGGGGAUGUGUUGGUGCCUGUGUGAGGGGGCAGUGACUGCUAGUCCUCGCUCUGACCCUAGCCCUGGGCCAGUCAACUCUGGCCCUCAGUUUCCUCCUCCGUUAAAAGAGGUUGGAAUUGUAAGGGCCCUAGGAGUUCUCCCUUCAGUCCACACACUUCCUCCAAGAAGCCUUCCAUGAUCACCCCAGCUGAAGUGGGCUCUCCUUCCUCAGAUUUCAAAGAUCUCAGCCUGCUCUCAUGGAUUCCUACUUAUUUCUGUAUAAGCAGCGUCCUUUUAGACGGAACUCCUGGAAGGCAGAGACGUGGGGGGUAGGCACUUAAUAAAUGUUUGAGUCAAA